UUUUAUUUAAGCCAAACCUCGAAAAAAAAAAUUUGGAGCUAUGGAGAAGGAGCAGAAUCCGAGUUCACAGUUGAUCGCUUAAUAAACCCUAAAUCGGAAAUGGAGAAGAAAUUAGGAGAGUUAAUCAACUGAGCUACUAAGAUUUUCGUACUAUUUGGAAGGGCAUUUUUGUUGACUGCCAUGAAAAUAGCUUCAAAAAAACCUCGUUUUUUCAAACCAAUUCAGCCAGGUUACAAGCAUUGUAUUAAAAUUCCUAUAGGUUUCUUGAAGUAUUUGAAGGGAUUGAACCAUAUUAAACAAGCAAUACUGAGAAGUAGGGGUAAAAAGUGGCUGGUGAAGGUGAACGGUUGGCGAUUAGAAGAGGGUUGGAAAAGGUUUGCUAAGGAGAAUGAUUUGCAAUUGGGAGAUUUGUUGAUUUUCAAACAUGAAGGAGACAUGGAAUUUCAAGUUUCCAUCUUUGAUUCAAGUCAUUGUGACAGAGAGUACGCAGAGUAUCUGCAAGAAGAAGAGGGCAAGUAUGUUGAAGCGACUUCAAAGAAAGUGGAAAAAGAAGCUGCUACUCAUAGCUCUUGGGGUCAAUCUCAUUUUGAGUGCAUUGUUAGACCAUAUUCCAUUUCAAAGGGUUUCUUGCGUCUUCCUAAACAAUUUGCAAUGGACAACGGUCUCUUCAACAAGAAAUGUGGUUUGCUUAUCAGAGACGAAAGACAAAGAUCGUGGAAUUUAAGGCUUGUUACCUAUGAUUCAAGUGUCUGUGCAUUUGGUGGAUGGAGUGACUUCUGCGCUGUGAAUAACUUGAAGGAGGGAGAUUAUAUGAUGUUUGAGGUUGUUGCUAAUGGAGAAAAACCUAUAUGGAAAUUUCACUAUCUUAGGCAUAAAACGUCGGACAUGACUACUCCGAUAUCGCAAACACCAGCUUCAACAUCUGCUGAUGCCAACCCUCAUUUUAUAUCCACUAUCAGACGUUACACCUUCACAAAAGCUAUUUUGUAUUUUCCGAUGCGUUUUGUGAAAUCAAAUGGCUUGAUGAGUAGAAGUGAGAUGAUUCUUGUCGAUGAAAAGCAGAGAUCAUGGUCAGUGUUGCUUGGGCAAAUGGAACACCACUUUGGAAUUAAAAGGGGAUGGCCACAGUUCAGAAAAGCAAAUGGUCUUCAAGAAGGAGAUACUUACAAGUUUGAACUCACCAACAAUGGCACAAUACCUAUAAUUCAUAUGAGUUUCUUAAAGUAUCUGAAUGGACACGAUCAAUAUGAACAUGCUAUACUGGGAAGGGCAGGAGACAUGGAAUUUGAGGUUUCCAUCUUUGAUUUGAGGCAGUGUGACAGAAUAUGCAGAGUAUCUUCAACAAGAAACAGAUGCAAUUAUGCUGAAGAGAUAUCCAAGAAUUUUGAAUUCAAAGAAUUCCAUUUCUUCUCCACAGAUCCAGACCGGUCACUUCUGAAUCAAGUACAGAAAAUUCCCAUAGGUUUCUUGAAGUAUCUGGAGGGACUGAACCAUAUUAAACAUGCAAUACUGAAAAGGAUGGGGAAAAAGUGGCUGAUGAAGGUGAACGGCUGGCGAUUAGAAGAGGGUUGGGAAAAGUUUGCAGAGGAGCAUGAUUUGCAAUCGGGAGAUAUUUUGGUCUUCAAACAUGAAGGAGAUAUGGAAUUUGAAGUUCCCAUCUUUGAUUCAAGUCAUUGUGAUAGAGAAUACACAGAGUAUCUGCUAGAAGGAGUCGAUAAUGCUGAAGAGACUUUCAAGAAAGUGGAAUUCAAAGAAGCUGCUAGUCACAACUGUUGGGGUCAAUCUCAUUAUCAGUGCAUUGUCAGACCAAAUUACAUUUCAAAUGGUUACUUGUAUCUUCCCAUGGAUUUUGUAAAAUCAAAUGGCUUGAUGAGUAGAAGUGAGAUGAUUCUUAUCGACGAAAAGCAGAGAUCCUGGUCAGUGUGGCUAGUGCGAACGGGACAUCAAUUUGGAUUUAAAAGGGGAUGGACACAGUUCAGAAAUGCAAAUAGUAUUCAAGUAGGAGAUACUUACAAGUUUGAACUCACCAACAAUGGCACAAUACCUAUAGCUCAUGUAAAUAUUCUGGAAGUUGAAGGAUGCGAAUCGCCAAGCAUCACAGAAGCCAUUGACAAGAUAAUAUGAAGCAGUUGGUGAUGGUAAAGGAAACUUGAGUCUAUUUGUACCGUUUUCUUGUUGCUUAUCGAGGGUCUUUCAGAAACAACAUCUACCUUCACGAGAUAGUGGAUAAGGUUUGUGUAUAUUCUGGGAUUUCAAUUGUUGGUAGAAAAUGAUUUCAAUACUUCCAGUAUUGUGAGGAUAUCAAAUUCUUUAAAGGACAGUAAAUUUUGUGGGCUCAAUAUUAUUUCAAAGGUUUGUUUGUGUUGUUGAAACUAAGGGUGAAUGUUUAGAUCAUUCAGAUUGGAUAUGAAAAUUUUGAUUCUUCGAUCGAA